GGCGGGCGGCGGCGGCGGGCGGCGCCCCCGGGCAAUAUGUUCAAGAGAAUGGCAGAGUUCGGGCCUGACUCCGGCGGCAGGGUGAAGGGCGUUACCAUCGUGAAGCCGAUCGUGUACGGGAACGUCGCGCGGUACUUCGGGAAGAAGAGAGAGGAGGAUGGUCACACUCACCAGUGGACGGUGUACGUGAAGCCGUACCGGAACGAGGACAUGUCUGCAUAUGUGAAAAAAAUUCAAUUCAAGUUGCAUGAAAGUUACGGUAAUCCUUUAAGAGUUGUUACCAAACCACCAUAUGAAAUCACCGAAACAGGCUGGGGUGAAUUUGAAAUUAUCAUUAAGAUAUUUUUCAUUGAUCCAAAUGAAAGACCUGUAACUUUAUAUCACUUGCUGAAGCUUUUUCAGUCGGAUACCAAUGCCAUCCUGGGGAAGAAAACUGUAGUUUCUGAAUUCUAUGAUGAAAUGAUAUUUCAAGAUCCUACUGCAAUGAUGCAGCAGCUGUUAACAACAUCUCGUCAACUAACGCUAGGUGCUUAUAAACAUGAAACAGAGUUUGCAGAUCUUGAAGUGAAAACCAGGGAGAAGCUCGAAGCUGCCAAAAAGAAGACUAGUUUUGAAAUUGCUGAGCUGAAAGAAAGACUAAAAGCAAGUCGUGAAACCAUCAACUGUUUAAAGAGUGAAAUCAGAAAACUUGAAGAAGAUGAUCAGUCUAAAGAUAUGUGACAAGUGCUGACUUGAGUGUGUGCUGAAAAUGGAAAGACUUCAGUCAUGGAAUUGUAUGAGUUCUCUUCAGUUCUGUAACUGAGACUGUGAGAAUUUCACUGGCAAACGAUUGAAGUUUGUGGCAAUCAACUCCAUAAAUGGAAGAAAAAAGAAAGAAUGUAUCCUUGUUUUAUAGUUAAAAGCUGUGGGUACUUAACGAUUUAUUUCAAGUGGAAGUGGUCUUGAAGACCAGACUACUUUCCCUUCGAAAACUGCAUUUGAGUCAUGUAUGAAAACUUUGUAUUAAGUCUUGUAUUAGUUCAAUGUGAUUUUACAAAAUGCUGGUGUUUACUUUUUUUACUUUUUUUUUUCCUACUGAUUGUUUAGAGAUGCAUCUUUUAAAGCUAAAA